CGCAGCCAAUGGGAGCGGCUGUUGUUAAGCGCGUGGGCCCAGUCAAUGAGAGGGCUGGUUGUUGUGCUGCAGUUGGCAGGCUGCUGCGGGAGGCGGUGGCGGUCGGAAGCCUGAGGCUGCGGGGUGACAGAGUUGGAAAAUAUUUAACUCUCAACAAAUGAAUUCCACACUUGAACUCUGCCGUAUUCCUGUGCCACCUCCUCCUUUAGAAAACUGAUCUUAAGACAGAAAUCAGACCAUGGCCCCUUACAGCUGACAGGCCCCUGCGAUGAGGUCUAGAGCACACAGGUCUUGGAGAACAGAGGAGGCGAUGGAUGAGUAAGCUUAGCCCUCCCUCUUGAAGCUACAAGGUAAAGAAGACUGGAGGGAAGAUGCUGGGGUCCGAGCGGGCAGUCGUGGAAGAGUGGCUGUCAGAGUUCAAGGCGUUACCUGACACUCAGAUCACCAACUAUGCAGCGACUUUACACCGGAAAAAGGCGCUGGUCCCCGCACUCUAUAAAGUUAUUCAGGACUCCAACAACGAGCUCCUGGAGCCUGUCUGCCACCAACUGUUUGAGCUCUAUCGCAGCUCUGAAGUCCGACUGAAGAGGUUCACACUGCAGUUCUUGCCUGAGUUGAUGUGGGUUUAUUUGCGACUCACAGUCAGCAGAGACAGACAGAGCAAUGGCUGCAUCGAAGCGCUCCUCCUAGGAAUUUAUAAUUUGGAAAUUGCUGAUAAAGAUGGAAACAAUAAAGUGCUGUCUUUCACUAUCCCUUCCUUAUCCAAGCCUUCAAUAUACCAUGAACCCUCAACAAUCGGAUCCAUGGCUUUAACAGAAGGGGCAUUAUGUCAGCACGAUCUCAUCAGGGUUGUUUACAGUGAUCUUCAUCCUCAGAGAGAAACAUUCACCGCACAAAACCGGUUUGAAGUCUUGAGUUUCCUCAUGCUGUGCUAUAAUUCUGCUAUUGUGUAUAUGCCUGCCUCAUCGUACCAGUCUCUCUGUCGAAUGGGUUCCAGGGUUUGUGUGAGUGGGUUUCCGAGGCAACAUGAGAAACAGUGGAAAGAAAUCUGUGGUCGAAUAGUAUUAGAUCCUGAAUUUAUGGUGCAACUUCUCACAGGAGUUUACUAUGCCAUGUAUAAUGGACAGUGGGACCUUGGCCAGGAAGUACUUGAUGACAUCAUCUAUAGAGCUCAGCUAGAACUCUUUUCUCAGCCACUCUUGGUUGCCAAUGCCAUGAAAAACUCGUUACCAUUUGAUGCACCUGAUUCUUCACAAGAAGGCCAGAAAGUGCUUAAAGUGGAAGUCACUCCAACAGUGCCGAGGAUCUCUCGGACUGCAAUUACAACAGCUUCAAUCCGUCGUCACAGAUGGAGACGAGAAGAUGGCUUUGACUUCUCAAACGAGGCUGACUCGAGUAUUCCUGGCUCCCCGAUCCAACACGGCUCCACUGACCUAGGGAUCAAACGUGUCCAAGAGGGGGAGGUGCGCAGGACCCCUGAGCAUGGCUCGCCGGAGCCCACCUCGGCAGCAGCCACAACAGAGGGUGCCGAGGGUCUAAAUGGAGAAGAGUCUUUAAACAUGAACGAUGCAGACGAAGGAUUUUCGUCAGGGGCUUCUCUCAGCAGCCAGCCACCUGGGACCAAGCCGUCCUCUUCUCAGAGGGGAAGUCUACGGAAAGCAGCGACUGGGCGGUCCGCCAAAGAUAAAGAGACAGCUUCUGCCAUCAAAGCCAGCGAGAGCCCGCGAGAUUCGGUAGUGCGCAAGCAGUUUGGACAACCAGCCGAUCUUAGCCUAGAUUCAGUGGAGCUGACGCCCAUGAAGAAACACCUGAGCCUGCCUGCUGGCCAGGUGGUGCCAAAAACCAAUAGUUUAAGUCUCAUCCGGACAGCCAGUGCUUCCUCCAGCAAGUCAUUUGACUAUGUGAAUGGCAGCCAAGCAAGUACCAGCAUCGGGGUUGGCACGGAGGGAGUCACUAAUCUAGCAGCUGCAAAUGCUAAUCGAUAUUCAACGAUCAGUCUACAAGAAGACCGGCUAGGUCAUGCUGGUGAAGGGAAAGAGCUCCUCAGCCCAGGAGCCCCCCUAACCAAGCAGUCCCGAUCCCCGAGUUUCAAUAUGCAGCUAAUAUCCCAGGUGUAGUUUUGAUGUCCCCUCGUUCUCCUUACCUUUUAGACUGAACAUUUCAUUGUGCAAGACACUUCAUCCCACGUUGUGAAAAGAUGUCACUGUAAUCAGAUCUGGUUUAGCUUAGGUAUCUCCCUACUGUAUUUUGUAUGGAAACAGCAAUAAGGUUUUCUUUUUCCUCGAACCUCUCUCCACCUAUUCCUUGUAAACGUGUUUGUGAAGCAGUGUAAAAUGUUUGCCUUCUCCACGCCUUCCUUUCUCCUUGGGUAAUGUGCAAUCCAUCGUAGGCUGAUCGGUCCCAUUUCAACACUGUGAGACUGAGGAUAUGUUAGAGGAAAUGGUGUAUAUGAUCCCUAUGAAGUGAGUCUUUGGCUUUUGUUGGAAAACAAAACGGGUCUGUUCACAUAAUCUAUGGAACUAUGAAGAUAACUGGAUCAUAUUUUUUUCUCUCUUAACCAGGAGUGCCUCAGAGAUUCUGCUAUGACUUUGGACUUCUCUGAGUCUGUGCAAUUUUAUAUUCUUGAAAAGCAUGGGGGAAGGUGGUAGACUACUGCAAUUUUUCAUUAAAGUGAGGCUAGCUGCACCCCCUUUCCUUUAUCCCAAGGACAUAGAUGUUUAAUUAUUGAGGCAUUUAAAUUAACUUGUGACCACCUCCAUUGGAGGCCGGGGCUCUAAGUUGAUUGUGUAAUUGAUAAUGCACUUUCUCAAUGGCUCUCUAGUCAUUAACAACAUGUCUUCCCUCUUCCCACAAGGACUUGAGGACAUUUCUGCCCUUCAAGUUUGAACUAGCAAAUCAGAGACCCCAAGGGGCGUGUUCUGUUUCCUAGGAAUGACUGACACUUUGGUGCUGGGGGUGUGGGGGGAGGGUGCUCUUCGGUUAGUUUGUGUGAGAUUGUGUGUGAGGUGACGUUCUAUUGUUUUCUUUUUUCCUUUGUGAGUUGAUAAUGACUGAAGUAGAAGCUGUACGUCUUCAGGUAAAGAGAGGGAUUUCUCAGUCCACUUUCCGUGAUGUCAGACUAUUGGAGAAACCCUUUCAGCUGCUUCCUAGAUGUACCUAAAUUCAGUCAGAUAUUGGAUAAAGAUACCUAAAGUCCUGAGAUCAUAUACUCCGAGGAAAUACAUCAGGGACAGAUAAUUGGUUGAAAACACUGAUGCUUCAAUGUGACACAUUUUUAUAGAACAUUUCUACCAGAGGGUACUGACUUGAUUUCUCCACAAGGACCACACUGCCUUUGUGUUUAAUGCAAUUUGUGAAUCUUCUGAUUAUCUGCAAAGUUUCUCGUUUUUAUAAAACUUUGAAAUCAUGCCAGUAAGCUAGAUGUUGAAUGUAUGUAAGUAGCAUUUGGUAACUGCUAAGAGACUACAAAAAUAGACUAUUGGUUUAAAUUUUUGGGUUAUGAUUUGGUUGGAUAAGACUUUCUUAUAUUUCUUCUGGGUCUCAGACCUUGUUUAAAAAAGAAGGGAAUGUGUUGGGAUUGUGAAAAUCAGUGUUGUGACUUGGCCCGCUCUCCAUCUGAAGACAUCACUUACACCUGCCCUUGUACAUGUAGACAUUUAUGUAUUAUUGUGAAAGGAAAAUAUACUGCCUUUAUUGAAAGCAAGUGUUCUCUUAAUGACAAAGUUCUGUUCUCUCUAUUUCCAGUAGAAUUUGAUAAAUUAACCAGGAAAAUGCCUCUCAUUUUUUUUCACACAUAAACCACCACCACUUUUGGAAGAGUUGUUUGUCUGUGUGUCUGUUUGUUUAGGGGGCCUUGUGUUAGACUCAUCCUUGAUUGGAGUUGGUGGUCUAUAAAUUUUCAGCUCCCAGCAAAUGGAAAACUAGAACCUCAGCUAUUAGCCACAUCAUUGCCAAAAUUUGGAGUAAAGCUAAAAGCUGAUACAUGAUUUAUUGAUUUUUAUAAUAUGCAUAUAUGCAAUUAUCACAGACACAUUUUAGACCUAUUUCUACUAAUUUAACUAAGUGACAUAAAGUAAACUAUAAAACAUUGUAAAACAGUGAAAACUAGUGAAAUAAAAUGAUUUUCUAACAUACUAAACGACGGGUUUCUAGUGUGUAAAGGAAGGAAUCAGUGAUUGUGUAGCAAAACAUACCUGCUUUAGUGAAAGGCUAAUGGGCUCAGGUGCACAUAUAUUGGCAUCUACGUCAAGCAUUUUCGUUAAAGCACAAAAGAAUACCAAGUAAUUUGAAGUUAUACCAUAAACUAUAGUAGAUACAAGAAAAAUGUCCUUUAAUUGGAAAUGUUAUAACUGUAAAGUUGGUUUUAAGAUAUUAUCCAGAGCCAGGUAUAGUGACACACACCUUUAAUCCCAGCACUCGGGAGGCAGAGGCAAAUGGAUCUCUGAGUUCGAGGCCAGCCUGGUCUACAGAGCACGUUCUAGGACAGCCAAGGCUACACAGAGAAACCCUGUUUUGAAAAACCAGAAGAAGAAAAAAAAGUUCUUUUCAUCUCAAGAGGCUUUCCUUUAUUGGUAUGUAUAGAUUUUGUAUAUACAUCCUGAUUAAUAUUUCACGACCCUGUAACAUUUGAAUCCUAUUCUUUGGGCUGUGAUUCGGUCUCAAUAAGGAAAUCCUUCGUUUAUUCUCUACAGCCAUGGUCUUAGGAAAAAAUUCCUUCAUAACACAAUGGUUCAGAUGAAAUGAGUCACACCAACUGUCCAGUUUUCUAAGCAUCAUUCUAACCACUGUGUGUUAGCAACACCUCCUUUAAAAUGGCUCUCGUUCAGUUAUACAGCACCUGUUAGAAAUGUAAGCCAGGGGCUGGAGAGAUGGCUCAGUGGUUAAGAGCACUGCUUGCUCUUCCAAAGGUCCUGAGUUCAAUUCCCAGCACCCACAUGGUGGCUCACAACCAUCUGUAAUGAGAUCUGGUGCCCUCUUCUGGUCUGCAGGGAUAUGUGCACUGUAUACAUAAUAAAUAAAUUAAUUAAAAAAAAAAAAAAGAAAUGUAAGCCAGAAAUGUCCAUUCUUUGUCCUUUAACAACUCCCCUUUAAUACUCCUCAGCUUUCAGAAAGCUUCAUCCCACCAGCAGAAAGAGACAUUUAGGGAAAAAAUGAUUGGUGCCAUCUGUGCUAGGUCAAAUUAAGGAAUACAGACAGCAUCUGAAGGUUUAGGAGUGCUCCUGUGUGACUUUAAAUUAAUGUUAUUAAUAUGAAAACUAAAAUGUAAAGUAAAAAGUUGACUUAGAAGUAAGGUUUUUAAAUAUGAAAAUAUAGUAAGAAGCCAGGGAGGUUAACAGGUGAUAUUUAAAGUCUUACUCCUUUACUGUUCCAUGCCUGUGUAUUGCAGAUCAGAAUUUUUGUGUGAGGAGAAACCCCAGAGAUAAUUUAGCUAACUCUCUCUCUCGUACACAUCCAUCCAUCCUCAGGAAACUGAGGCUCAAAGAGGUUGUGAAAUAAAGUCCAUAACUAAUAAAGCAGAGCCAUAAUCGAGCCUUGUCCCUAGUCAAAUGCAUGUCCACACCCCACUGCUUCCUAUUACCCACACUGUGGUAGAUAGUAUAUAACACUUUUCCAUUUCUGCAGUUUCUUUAUGUUUCUGGUCUAGUAGUUGGUGAACACAUUAAGAAAAGUAUUAAUUCCAGAAAAAAAUGCACAAUACUAAAUACAGAUGGGGAUGUGUUCAAAUGUAGGUAUCUGUGUAGCACAUUACUCUUUUCUAAUUUAUGCCUUAUGAAUUCUCUGCCACAUAACAGUUAUAUGCUGCCAUGUUAUUUGUAUUUGUGGGGGUUUGUUUAAAGGUAAAAUAAACCCAAUGAAAUGACUUUAAUCAGUGUUCUAACUAUUUGAAAGUGAUUUUUGAAUCAGCCAGUUUUCAGUCACCAAAGGUACAAUAUGGAGGAUUGCAAAGUAAAGAUAACCUAAAUUCAAUUCCAUUCAUUAGUAAGCCAGAGAGAGACUGUUUCUCACUGUGCUUAGAGCAGAUAAAAGCAAUAUUUUAUAUAUGAUUGGAAAGGGUUUCUAGUGAGUAUGAAGCUUAUGAUUUAUAAUUCCCUCUGUCAUUUAUAACACAAAUACCGUGUGAAAACGACUCCAAGUUUCAUAGUCUCAGCUAUGUAAGCUCAGAGUCUCCAACCUGAAGUCUAAAUUCCUGUUGUCUCAAUUGUUAGAAUUACUUAUCAGACACCAGGAUACUGAGAAGAACUUCUUUAGAUUGCUUUUGUUUCACUGUUUUUGUGAGUACUUUAAUGCAGUGAUGUGUUUUUCCUACCUCACUUUAUGAGGUUUCUUUGGGUCCGUUUUUGAGUACUCCAGUUGUUGACAAUCGGCUGUCUCGUUUAAUUCACUGCAUGUUCAUUCAUAAAUACAAAUACUAGUUCCUGUCUUUAUGGGUAGGGCAGCAUCCUGUAAAACACUGGUAAGGAGGAGCACUCCAUUUCUGAACUUGGAUUACAUUAUAAAGGGUUUUUUUUUUUAACCAAAAAAGCUUAAUGUUUCAAUUAUAUCUAGUUUUGCAAUGUAAAAAGAAUGCUUUGUCAUGGUUGUCUGAUGCAGUUGGAGCAGGAGGCUUUUCUCUGUCGAGCCAAAUGACUGCUGGCAUUGUUUGCCCACCAGGUUGGGUGAGACGAUUACUGUAAUCCUUUUCAUUUUUUUCUUAAAGUUGUUUUCAAAAAUAAGGGAUGUGAAAACUAGCUAUUGACAGCUUAACCUCUUAAAAAAUAGAGUGUUUGCCAGGUUAUAGAAACAUGAAAUACGGUGUGAAAUAAUAUUAAUAAAAUCAUGAGUCAUCAGGUUGGGACAAUUUUCCAUGCUAAUGUGGUGAGACAAAUUUAGUAUUGUUUAUGCUGUGUGAACCUAAUGGAUAGAUCACCCCGGUACUGAACUACAUAGGAACCGCUAUUCCUGUGGGAGGCACAGCCUGCCUCCUUGUACAUGUAGGUGCAUUUUGUCUAAUCCCGACCACAUAACCACAAGAUUUUGCUCUUUUUUUUUUCCUCCAGUAUUUUUGUAAUAUUAGACAUUCAUCCUAUGAGAAAUAUAUACAGGACCAAAUAUUCAGGCUAGAGUUUCACAGAAAUCCAGGGUGACGGGAAAUAACGGGCAGCGUAGUACAGAAAUAAGAGUGUCUAUGUUUUGCUUAUGGACUUUGAGAAAAUGGGUUCAUAAUGUUUACAGACUAAGGCAUAUUCAUGUGUCUGAUAUUAUACUACUACAUUUAAUAUGGUUUUACCAAAAAAGUAGAAUUAAGUAUAUCUUAAGGUAUAAAUGAGUCUUUUUUAAAAAUUGUGUAUCUGGAGGUAGGGCUAAUAGAUCUUUUUAUUUACAAA